AUGACUUCAAAACACAGCUUGUCCCAGAGACGCCGGCACGGGCUGCUGCCGCUCUUGCUCGUUCUGCUUGCUUUCGUCGGUUUGAUCCACGCUGCAGGCGGUUUGGGUCUGGAACCCGAACCGCGGAUGCACAGGGUCGUGCGAAGGUGGUCGGGCGAUCAGCGUGAAGGAGUCCCACCUCUCGCCGGUCAGCCCGUGGUGGAGGAAGGGAAGUUCGUGUCGACAAGCCCUCCGCGCAACAACAACAACCUUCGAACCAUAUCUGCUCCCGCCGAUGCGGCGCGAAUUUCUUCCACUGAAGCCGCUUCAAGUGCCGAGGCACCGCCCAUUCGUAAGCCAGCCAGAACCGACUUGCAGGGUCCAAGCCAAAGCGGCCAGGGCAAAAGCGUGAUCCCCGCCAAUCCUGCCGACUCUGCCGACUCUGCCGUAUCUUGGCCAGGGACUCCGGAGGGAAGCAACAAACAGACUGCCGACGUCACAGCAGCUGAGCACGCCGACCGUAUCGGCAUGACUUCUAAAAUACCCCGAAGACCGGCCCAGGUAAUAAUCAACGAAGACGGUAAGCUGUACCUGGCCGCUGCGGAUCGUCCUUCCCAACGGACACGCAUUCGCUCUGCCCUGGACGAACGCGGGUCGCUUCGCAGCUCGCUCAGACGUGCCAGGUGGGCCCUCAGCGAUGCAUUUGCAAAGUACAAGCCCAAUCGCUUCUGGAGAUCCCGACAGACCGAGACUGCAGCCGCUGCAGCCUCUGCAGCCGAGCCCCGCAGGAAGGGCGUCAUCGUGCUGAGACAGGAAAGCAACGGUCGGACGUGGGCGGCCAACAGUGCUGAUACAGGUGCCUGGACACUGUACGACUCUGGCGCCCGGCGGGCGUCGCGGUUGCGGUGGCCCAGUGCUUGGUUUGCACGCCUCAGGUCGGCCGCCCGCUCCGCAGUGUCCAAGCUGCACCGUCGAGCUCUGGAAGGCGAUCAGCCAGGACUGAGCGAUACGAAGCCAGCUGCUUCUGAGGAGCAAGACACACGCACUAUGCCUGCAGCAUCAGAGCGCGUGGCGCCGAAUUCGUUGAGCACCGCCGGUCACGCCCCCGAAUUAUCAGCGUCGUCGUCGUCGUGGCCGCAACCGCAACCGCAACCACCAACGUCUGGCGCGCGUGCAAGGCUUGUGCGCUUCGAGACACCACCCAAGCUCAAAGCGGAUGACGAGUCUGAGGUUGAGUCCACUACCAAGCCUUCCUCGGCGCAGGCGGAAGGCAGGACGUUCUGGCAGGGUAUCAGGAACCGAUACCUUGGAGCAAGCGGAUCGGCCGCGCGCCUCCAAGCGUCAUCCUCUGAGCCCCAGCCGGUCGCAGCAUACGCGACGGCUCCCGAACAAGAAGCUCCCCGUGGCAGAGAUGGGAUUCUCAAGCCCACAAGCUUCUUGCUCGAUCAAGCCGGCUCCGAGGCUCCUCCCGAUCCAGAACCUCGAAAGGCGGUCUUGCAAGCUCCGAAUGUUCGUGCCAAAGGGAACCUCGGCUCUGCUGCAGCCAAGGCGAGCGGCAAGCUGUCGUCGGCGUCCCUGGCCAAGUUCUUGAUCCGUAGGCCUGCUUCUUCUUCUUCUUCGCCUUCGAGGAACACCGCGCAGGCCACUUCUGUCAAUACGCCAGAACGAGAUGACGCGAGCCUAUGGAGGUGGGGGGAGGACUGGGCCGACCCGGCAGGAGUGAGCCGAGGAGGCUGGAAGCGUCUGCCUACAGUCACAGACCCCACAGAUACGCCGGUUGAGCACUCUGGUCCCUCCGAAAGCGGGUCAGUUGAUGCGAAGGGCAAGACGGUCGUGGAGCCUGACGAGCGUUGGUCUGCUGGAGAAAGCUCGAGCUCGCAACCUCGACAUCAGCUAGAAAGGACGCCGUCGGACCUGUCGACGGAUGGAAGCUUCCACACGUCUUCAGGCUCCGAGGUGGGGUCCGAACCCGCUUCGCCACGUCGACCUCUUUCGAGGCAAGUUUCGGAUGCGAAGGCGUCUGCGCUGGCAGUCAAACAAGGCUCGGCGGAGGCAAUGGAGCCCGAAGCUGCGGCGGCAGAGGCGGCUUCUGGCGGUAGACUGGCAGUCGAUCCGCAGUUCGAAACGAUGCACGAGGAGGCAGUGGAGAAAAAAGCAGCAGAGGCAGUGGCGCCGGCGGCAGAGGCGGCUGCUCAGGGCAGGCUGUUGGUCGAUCCACGGACCAAGAUGCUCGUGGACGAUGCGGCUCGCUUUGCACCCGGAUCGAGCGGUGAAACGGAUGCCAAUCGCGCAACGUCUGCUGUCGACGACAGUGUUCGGGACGGCAAACACCACCCGUUAGCGCAAAGCAUGGCCUUCGAGAAGCCGCCUGCCCUGUCGCUACACGACUCGCUGCGCUGGAAGCUGCACACGCUCCGCAGCGAUUACCGCGACUUUGGUGCCGUGGGAAGAGACCACUCGCUUGCGCACCAUUACACCACCGCCGGCGUGCCUGCCCUGUACUCGUGGAGCGACGAGCACGGCACGCCCGUCAUGCCGUCCGAGGCGCGCCGGCUCGCGCAGCAGUACGGAGAGGUGCGCGUGUUCCGCAACCCCCACGACGCGUUCGACCAGUACCGCCUGACGUACGACGGCGAGCUGCGGCCGCCGGGCGAUGUGCUGCUUCCUGAAACCGAUCCGCACUUCCACACGUACAAGGUGCCGCGCGAGCGUGCGCUGCCCACGCCGAGAGCUUGGAGGGACAGCGGCCUGACGGACGCACAGAAGUCGGCAAGGGCCGUGGGCAGGAUGAUGCAGGCGGCCGACGGCACCUUGAAACCCGGCUACGGGAGCGAACGGUGGCCCAUCAGGUGGGAUCGCACGCGCGCCGAGUUGGCUGCGAAAGCCAGGAGCGUGCGCGGCGCGAUCUCUGCGGCUCCGGAUCGUGCCGUGGCGUUUGGCAAGACCGUGCCUCAGAGGGUGAGCGAUAUGUCGAAUCGCUUGCGAGGCUGGUACGCCACUCACCAAAGUGGCGAAGCUCCAUCCGAGGGUGAUGCACAGCUGGGUCGGCUGGCCAGAUGGAAAGAAAGCGUCCGACAGUCGUGGGCGAAGAUUCGACGUCAUUCGGGCGCAGAUGCCAUCGUUCACGCUCCUCCUUCUUCUUCCGACACUACUCCUGCUGCAGCAGCUGGACUUCGUGAGCUUCGAAGCACAGCCGAUACUGCAUCUACAUCCGAAGCCGCGCAAUCCAGUCGCCCGCCCGCGAGCAGAUGGUGGCUACGCGUCGACCGAGGACGCACAGGUCGCCCCUCCGCCGCCGAAUCAGCAACCUCGUGGAAGACACCAUUCCGCGAGGCUGUGGGUGCGCUCGAGGGCGUCAAGAGCAGAAUCACCGGCUGGCUCCCCACCAACAAGGGCGCCGCGUCCACAGCUGCAAGCCUCACCGAACACUCCCACCCGCUUCGCCGUCGUCGUCUGCAUCGCCGUCGUCUGUGA